AUGUCUGUGGUGGAGUAUGAGAAUAAGUUUGCGGAAUUGGCCAGGUUUAUGCCAACUUAUGUAGAGACAGAUAGGCAGAAAGCAAAGAGGUUCCAGCAAGGUCUGAAGCCUUGGAUUAGAAGCAAGUUAGCUAUUUUGCAAUUGGAUACUUAUGCGGCAGUUGUUGAGAAAGCGAUGAUUGCGGAGACAGAAAAUGAGUUGUUCCAGAAGUCUAAGGAGAAUAAGAAGAGAAAGCCAGACAAUAGAGAAGGACUAUCUUAUCAAGGGAGAUUCCAGAAGAAAGGGAAAUUUCAAGCAGGACGAAAUCCUAACUUUAAAAAGCAGAACAUAGGCAGUAGUGGUCAAGGUGGACGUUUCAUUAUGGGGAAUCAGGCCAAUCAACAGAGGCCUUCAAUACCAGAAUGUCAGAUAUGUGGCAAGAGACAUGGAGGAAUAUGCAACAAGUUGAACGUGGUGUGUUUUAAGUGCAAUCAGAAAGGACAUUAUUCUAGGGAAUGUCAGAAUCAACCAGUGAUAAGAGAUCAAGCAAAUAGAAGCUCAACAAGUAAGACUCCAGCCAUAGGAUAUACAUGUUUUAAAUGUGGAAAGUCAGGACAUAUGGCUAGAGAUUGUAAGACGUCAGCCCCUGUUAGUAAUGCACUCAGGAUCAUGGGAAGUGUUCCAGAAGUGAAUGAACCUCCUAGGGUAAGAGUUUUUGAUAUGUCAGUGAAGGAUGCUAUUCAGGAUACCGAUAUGGUAGCAGAGCUAGCUAAUCAGGAUCGUAUUCCCGUUAAUCAAGUUUGUCCUGAUUGUGAAAUCGAGAUUGUAGGAAAUAAGUUUUGUGCCGACUUGAUACCUUUCAAGUUGGGGGAAUUUGAUGUAAUCUUAGGAAUGGACUGGUUGUCUAAGCAUAGUGCGCAGAUAGAUUGUAAAAAUAAGAAGGUAAUACUAAAGGCACCAGACGACAAGGUAAUAACGUUUAGAGGACAGAAGCAAGUAAAGAAGUUUUUAACCAUGAUGCAAACAAAGAGGAUGUUACGUCAAGGAUGCGAAGCUUAUGUUGCUUAUGUAAUUGAUAAAAGUCAGGAACCAGUAAAACUUGAGAAUAUCCCAGUAGUAAAUGAAUUCCCCGAUGUGUUUCCCGAUGAGUUACCAGGGCUACCUCCAGACCGAGAGAUAGAAUUUGCAAUUGACUUAGCACCUGGAACGGAGCCUGUAUCUAAAACCCUGUAUAGGAUGGCACUUGUAUAG